AUGCAAAAAGAUUACUAUUUCACGAAAAUUGCUGGUGAUAAGUCCAAUCCUAAGGAAGCUUGGAAGACCAUAAACAGUUUAUUGGGAAGGCAAAACAAACCAAGAAUCGUAAAUGAGCUAAAACUUGGCGAAAGUAGUUUAACUAACCCUAAAGAUAUUGCAGAGGGUUUUAAUGAUUAUUUUUCAAAUAUUGCCCCAAAUUUGGCUAGCCAAAUUAAUAAUUCAAAUUUGAACUUUGAAACAUAUGUCAAAAAUACUGAAUCAGAAUUCACCGCAUUCCAACCUGUCACGGUCAAUCACGUCUACCAACUUCUGACUGCUCUCAAGAAACAAAGCUACAGGUGUCGACAAAAUUUCUUUGCAAAAUUAUUAAGAUUGCUUCACCUGCUAUUUCAGAUUCACUAA